AUGCUUACCAUCGUGGUCCCUAUGUCCUAUGAAAACGUCGCAGAUUGGCUGGAGGAGGAAUUUCAGGGUAGCGGCUUCACCUUUCUGGAUGGCUUCAUUGGUCAGAAGCUGGGUGAGGAGACUGUGCAGCACGCGGCGGCCACCUUGAACGAUGUCGCCAUGAUCUUCUACUUGAUCGGCUUCGUGGGAUUUCUAUGCUCCACGAUCACGACGGUUAUCAUGCUGCUAUGUGUUGGGGAAGUGCAGACAGAACUAGGGUGCCAAGAGUUUAUGAGGAGAGUUGGCAACUUUACCCGGGUUCCCUACCUGUUUUUCAUGGUGGGCUUCCUGUACGCGUUUGCGUCUGCCAUCCGAUAUCUCGUGACGAUGAAGACGCUCGGUGGGCUCAUAAUACUGGCCAUCCUCAUGCUCUGUGCCGCAACGCUGGUUGCCACCACUUGUGACUUCUUCGUUCGCUGCUGCAUUCAAACACACAAUGGCAUCAAUGAGUUAUUCGAUCGUGGUUAG